GUUAGCUGAGCUGCUGGCGCAUAGCUCAUUGAGCCAUUCAUUUGGCUGUGCUUUCUUUUUUAAUAAAAUUUCUUUAGACGCAUCGCUGCUUCAUUCUUCAUUCAGUGCGGGACCGUUAACAGUAGCAGACGCGUCGUUCAACGCAGAGACAGUGUAUAUGUACGUGCAAGAGAAAUGAAAACUUGAAACCAAUACGAUAUUGAAAUUUGCUCGGCGUACGAGUGUGUCGGGCUCAACUAAAAAAAAAAAGAGAAGUAAAUAAACUGUCAGGCGGUCGAUACGAAAGAAAGAAAGACGUGGUAGGAAAAUUAAAUUGAAUUUUGUAUGCCAUCGCCAUCGCCAUCGGAAAUUGCAAACGUUCCCAUAAACAGCAACAAUAUGAGAGCCAGAUGGUUCGUCGCAGGGCUGCUCGUGCUAUUGUGCAACGUAAGGCAUGGCGCGGCUAAUGGAUCUGAGCACAUAUCUUCCGCCCUGUUGCCCGUGGAGGCACGCAACGCUGAUACAUCGGCCGAGGAAGAUGUUAUCUCAAGCAGCUAUGUUCUGCCGAAUCAGAUCUUUAACGACGGCAAGCCCUACUAUGCUCGUCAAGAUCCGAUUUCGGGUCAAUUGGACUUCAGUGCGAAGAAACCAGCUGGUAUUGAGCCAGAGGUGAACGAAGUGCUCAACUCGAAAGAGAAAAUUGUGCUUAACGGCAUCUCGACUCCGAACAUUCACGACUUCCUCAAUCUGCCAGUAAAGUACUCGUCAUCAAAGUUUGUCUACCCGCUGGUCUCCAGCUCGUAUGCCAACUUAAAGUACCAAGGCAGCAAUAAGAACUAUAUUACGAACAAGAAGCCGACCAUGGUGGCCGCACCUGUCACACCCGUGCCGCCCAAGUACCACAGCGAAAACUAUUACACUGUAUCGACAACCAAGCUGACGGCCGUCACACCUACGGGUACUACCCCAACAGCAGCUACCUCAUCGAGUCGUCCAACUAAGGUCACUGUAUCCUCCACGCUUGCUACGACUACUCGCCCACCCACAACAAUAACAACAACAACAGCAGCAACAACAACAACUACAACAAGACGAACAACCACAACUCGUCGGCCGAUCCCGGUUUCCGUAUCGACAACAAGUCAACCUAUACGCUUCAGUACCACCCGGAAGAAGUUUAUUCCCUCGAAGAAGCCGAAUAUUUACAGUACAACAAGCACCACACCAAGCGUUCCGAGCACCACUGCCAAGAUAACCGAGCAACAGCUGCCAAAGCAGCAAACCAAGCCUACAAAAAGUAGCCUCGAUGUGACCUUCACAACCCAUCAUCAAACGCCGCAGGCAGACAUCUUUCCAACGGAGCCAACGACAGUCACUAAAAUGUAUUCAACCCCUAGUAUGAGACCACUUGGUGGUGCAGCUUCUACAACGCCCCGUCCUCAAGUUCAAAUUACCGAUAGUACCAAAAUCCCUAAUCUGGAUCCUGCGGACGUCUACCAUACGCUGGGUCAGAAGAACACGAAGCUCGAGCAGGAACAGGCAGCUCAGCAAUCGCCCAAACCACCAAUGACCCUCAGCGAAAUCUUCAACAAUCUUGCUGAGGAAGAGACAGCAGUUGCCAACAAUUACCAGCAGAAUCAGGGUUUUGACUCCCAAGGCAAUCUGAUUGAGCCAAUUGCACCGUCUCAGCCCUCGCCAUUUUCCAUGCACUCCCCGCAGCAACAGCAGCUGCAGCCACGGCCAACAGCGCUUCAGAACCAGAAUGUUAAGCAGGAAGUGCACUCAGGUGGCCAAUUUGGCAACGAACAGAAGGUAAUCUCUGGGAAUCCGGAAGGCUAUGCCAACCAGUAUGUUUCGUACCAGGUGCAGCAGCCAAACGUUAUGCAGUACCGCCCCAUGCCGGGCCAGAUCAACAACGUGGUCAUCUCGCCGGGGCAGCAAUCUGCAUCCUUUGUGCUAGGAAGUCAGCAACAAGUCAGUCAUCCGAGUAACUUUGGUAAUGUCCAAAACGAGGGACUCUUCUCGAAGGAAACGGGUAGUGUGCAAUACGGCCAGGUCAUCAAUGAAGACAUAUCCAAUGGGAACCGACCACAGCCUCCCCAUCAACAGCACCAGUUCCCAUCGGCUCAGCAGCCAACUCCACCAUAUCAGCAACGACCAAGUUAUCAUCCAAACACUCAAUAUCAAUCGAACGGAAACGCUCUGCCAGCUGCUCCUGAGACUCCUCCAGCUGGAGCCGGAGGUGCGCCUGGAAGCUAUCAAGAGUCGCCACCAGAGGCACCCUCUCCAUAUCAGCAGCUGCCCCUGAUAGGUUCGCCACCAGCAAAGAAACAAGCAACUAAAGUGCCUGAGGUAACUCUAUCCACGGUCUUGGCCAACUCAAACACUCAGCAACAACAACAGCAGCAGCAGCAGCAACCAGCGAUGCCAACGUCUUCACAAACUCAAGCCAUGUCCAAUAGCCAAGAUUCUAAGGAUCUUUUGGUCUCUACCAAUAUUCGAUUCCCAUCCAAUCACGAGGAUUCGCUUGAGAUGCCCUCAUCUAUCGCAGCUCCCGGUCCACCCAGCUCCCCACAUAUUAAUGGGCAUGCACAGCCGGUCAGUCUGCAGCAGCUGCAGCAUGCCAAUCCCGUGGUGUUCCCAAAGAUCAGCGACGAGAAAGCGGCAGACUCUAAUGUUCAAAUCCAACAGCACGAAGUCGUCAGCAUUAAUCAGCACGAACAGCAACUGAAAUUCCCAACACAACAGCCGAGCAAGGCUGAACGGCCAUCACAGGAGAUGGUGCCGCCGCCUCGCUACGAAGCAUUGCAUAACUCUCAGGGGCAUUUGACUGCGGGAAUACGUCCAAGCGAUCCACCUACGUCGCCCUUCUACAAGGAAUUCGACCGCAAGCCUCAGCAUCCCACGGGUCCACGUCCCAACGGAAACCUGCCAAACAUUCUGCCACAGUUCCGACCCAAUGCAAAGAUCUCCAGUGGCCAUCCUUCUCAUAUGAAACAUGAGCCUGGAAAUCUUCGUCUGCCUACGCACGGAAUGAAGAUGCCCUACAAUCCAUCGACUCAGCCACAGUUUUCUAAUCGGCGUCAGCCGAUGCAUCAGCCACAAUUGCAAAGUCGUUAUCCCAUGAACCGCAUUUCGGAAUAUGAUCAGCACGUUGGUAAUCCACAUGCUCCGGGCGCUGUUAACAGACGAGUCUAUCGACUGCCACCUAAUGGUGGCCAGAGAGUGCCACAGCUGCGGGAUCGCAUGUACGCACGUCGACCCACCGGUCCGUUGCGAGCGAUCGACAAUUAUUACCCAGUUGAGCGUCACGCCCCAAUUACCCCACAGCCCUUAAAGAUGAAUCCUGGCGAUCUGGAUUAUGAAGAGGAAGAUCUGGUUAUUAAUGACCCACCACAGGCACCGAGCAAGGAUAUCCAGAAUACGAAUGAAUCGAAGCUGGAGGCAGUUGUUACGUUGCAAAUGCUGCAGUCGCAGAAGAAACCGCUGAAUGGUGACGAUACUGGAGCCGGCGAAAUUCAAGUAACAGCCGAAAACAAUCCCCAAGAAACACUGGCGACCACAGCAAUCGAGCAGAAGUUCAAAUUUGAAAGUGAUGCAAGUGCUAAUGAAAAAAGGGACACAAUGUUGCAUCAAGACUCGGCAGCUGCUGGCACCGUGGAAUACCAGAAUACGCCCUUCUCGGUAGUCCGUGAACAGCCGCAGGAGCCCAUUCUGAAGAACAAGAAGCCCCAGUCCCUUCAGCAGCAGGCGAAACUGCAGCCACUGCACAAACAGAAGUUUCCUUAUCCGAUAGAAAAACCAGACGCUGCAUACACAGACCUGCAGCCAAUGCGGCAGCCUGUGCCAGGCGUCCUAGUUGCACCACGUAUCAUCACAAGCUCCUUCAAUACCGGAACCGAAGCACCCAUCGCGAUAGCAUAUACACCGACAGAACCAAACCCGUUCAUUCGCAACGGACCGAUGAAGCUGGAUCAGAAACUCUUCAGCGGAAAAUAUGGUGUAAACGAAAUGGGCCCUGAAACCCAAACCGAGGAAGUUUUGGCCAACGAAUUUGACUUGCGUGGGCACAACUUUGAGAAAAACUUCAUGGCGCCAUUUUAUCCAAGUGUGAGUUUGGGUGGCGCCAGCAGUGGAGUGAGUGAAGUGGCCAAUCCUGCUCUAAGCAAUUGGAAGAUUGUACAAUCAGCCUCAAGCGAAAAGGUUUACGAGAAAAAUAAUAUCAAUCGUGCCGAUGUUGAGCCCAGUGCAGAUAAAAAGGAAAAGGAACCCGAGAGCUCCACUGAUGCUACGACUGAAAAGCAUUCGGAUUUGGACAGUUUUCAGCCCCAAUUACAAGGCGGCUUCAAACCAAUUUUCCCAGCUAAUUACAUGAAAUCCGAAGGUGAACCAAAGGACGAGAAUGUUGAGCUAAGCGAGAACAAUAAUAAUAAACCCAUGGCGCUGGCACUGGUCAGAUCGCAGACUACAAAUCCCCCGAUUGUAAGUGCAGUGACGUCCAUCUCGUCUGUGUCUUCUGGCAGUAGCACAACUCCUGCAACAUCAUCAUCAUCAUCAACAACAACAGCUAAAGUUGACGGUGAAGCUGCUUCAGUGGCAACAUCAACAAAAGCACCCGUGAUCAAGAGCGAGCCCACAAAGCAUAAGAAGUCAACUUUUGAAACCAGUCUCGCUGCUCUGCUUUUCGGCGACGAUGAGGAGCUGGAGGAUGGAGCCCGAAAAUCUCCCAAGAAAGAAAACACACCAGCUAGGCCAUUAAAUGUAGCCCGGAUGGGUCCCCGAAGUCUAGCAUUUAGUUAAGUGUUUUAAUGCAUAAUUAAUUUCGUUUAGAAAAAUUAUAGUUUGUAUUAUUUAUUAAAAAUGUAUAAAGCUUGUGAGCGAAUCUUGUAAAAUUGCGUAAUUACAGCUGAUUAUUAGUCGUAAGCUCACACCAUGCUACACGCUAGCCACCAAUGAAGUUACACUUAAGACUUUUGCGAGUCUGAUUUGAAAUAUUCAUGAUUUCUUAUUGGACUCCCGAAUCGUCGCUAUCGAAUUACAAGCAUGUAUUCCAAUCUACAUACGUACAAACCUCUUUAAUACUUAUAUAAACCGAUGCGCAUAAAUAUUUAUUAUAUUUUUAUU